AGUGUGUUUUCAGGGAAGAAAAAAGGCAUACCAACAAUGUAUUUCCUAUCUAUUCUAUUUGGCUGCAGGAGAGAUCUGCUCCUAAUUUCAUAGUUGUCGUGCUUUGGAUAGACUUGGUGAUUCAAUGAAUAUCGGAAUUAUGGAUAUCAAACAUAGCAAUGUAGGUAGCAGACCAUGCUGUCUUCCAUUGGCUGUUUUCAGAGAGUGCUUUACGUUUGGUGCCUGAAUCAGAUAUUGCAGAUAACAGAUCGAAGGAAAACAAAAAGAAACACAGUGAAUAAACAGAGCAGCAGCUCUGACCAUGUUAUGGAACUUUGCAUAGCACAAUUCCUCUGCAAAGGAACAAAAAACACACGAAGCAGACGAGCACCAAAACACUCACCAAAACACAUCAAGGACAUUCAUACCCACAGUAAGAAUUGAAAAGGGCUCAACAGCACAGCUCUUGUGUGAUUUGACGAAACUCUGCUCCCAAG